AAGAGGAAAAAGGAAAAAAAGGCAAUCAGAUUAACAGCACGAGCGAAUAAGUCGGUCAAAUCGAGUCAUUUCAGGGCCACCAAAAUGACCAGCUCGGAUUUGAUUCACCAGUACAAAACGGCAUGUAACAAGCUGAAGAAAAUACAACGUGUCUUGAUCAAGCGCUUUGGACCAAGUGUUUCGGAAGUAUCGGAAGAGUUCGGUUCGCUGGCAAACAGCUUCAACGAAGCAUUUCUACCAGAGUAUGCCGCCAAAUGUUACAUCGGUCAGAGCAAGUGCGAAAAGCUUAUCGGAAAUGAUAUGGGCGAGGUGGAUGCACUGCUCCGUGCCGCCCGUUCCUUCCGCACCGCGCACGAUAAGCAGGAACGGAUGCGGGUGGCAAACAUUUCGCACACAUAUCAUGAAGGAGCGUUCCGGUGCUACACACAGGCCCUAUCCAGACUGCCGGACAAAUCGGUUAUCGGAGCGGCCAUUAUCCGAGAGCUGAAGGAAAUCAAUCCAACCGUAGAGCUGACCAGUGACUUCAGCUCACCGUGCCAUCGGAUCUGGGAUUUGGAACAGUCGGCAGAGGAAAAUCUAGCCGCGCGCGACUAUGUCGCUGCGUUUGAGAAGCUGUCGGAAAUUUACGACGAUGUUACCGAGCGCAAGUGUGAAUCGCUUUACCAGGAUGUGAUGAAACGGAUCGAGGUGUCCAGGUUGCUGUUGCUGUGUCUGCUGCAACUGCCGCCGUCCGUGCGUUACGAUCAUAAGUUUAUCGAACGGUACUCCACCAUCGGUGAUCAGCGAGAGGCGUUCAGUCCUGGUGGUCAAGCAAGGCUGCCGGAUGAUCUCGUUUUUCUGCUCCAGUCGCUUGUCGUUUCCUGCCAGGCAAAGGAUGUGGAAUCGUUGGUGUCGGUACGCGACGAGCUAUGCCAAAGGCAAGAUCUGACCCAUUCACAGCAGACCCUACUGAAGGAAGUGGUCGCAAAGUAUAGCAAAUGAUAUUAGAUGAUGCGAAGGGUACUGGUUGGAGCGCUUGUCUUGGAUUUUAGCUUAGCAGCAUUGAAUGCACACAAACACUGUACAUAGUGCAAAGCCCUGCGAAGCAUAGCAGCAAUCAAGAAUAAUUUUAAAUUUACUACUUUAAGCUACCCGUUAGUUAUGAUCGUUCAAAUUCCCAAGUAUUAAAGCUAGCCAAACAAUGGUGAUCCCCGAUAGAAUAUUGUAUUAAAAUAAAUAUUGGCUUACAAACCAAAGGUUUCAUCAUCAAUAUCUUACUAGUGUCGAAUUUCGACAAAACUUUCCAUAAAAUAAUCCUGCAGGGUUGCAGUGUGAAAGAGGCGCAUUUAAAAAUUUAUUACAAACAACACGGCCAUUGUGCUGACCAAUGGGAAAACGUUGUAUACCCGGUUUUCCGUACAUCCUCUCACCAGAGCUAGCGAAAAUAAAGGGCUUUCAGAGAAGGGCUCAGGUAAUUUAUGUUUCCAAUAGGGUCCUGCGAGACCACACCUUUACUACCCACCCGGGUUUCGAGGUUUACCGUACCGAAUACCUGAAACGAGUUGAACAAUAAACAUCCUGCACGAUUCUUACUGCA